CUCGGAGCCGGAGAGACCCGGACUGAGACCCCAGUCCAGCACAGACCCGGUCCUCGGGCAGACCUCGGCCGGAUCGGGGCGCGGGCGGGGGCCGAGGGCGCCCCCGGCGGCGGGGGUAUGCGCGGCCCGCGGCAUGGCCUCGGCGGUGUUUGAGGGCACGUCGCUGGUGAACAUGUUCGUGCGCUGCUGCUGGGUGAACGGCAUCCGCCGGCUCAUCGUGAGCCGGCGCGGCGACGAGGAGGAGUUCUUCGAGAUCCGCACCGAGUGGUCCGACCGCAGCGUGCUCUACCUGCACCGCAGCUUCUCCGACUUGCGCCGCCUGUGGCAGCGCCUCCGCGACGCCUUCCCCGAGGACCGGCCAGAGCUGGCGCACGGGCCGCUGCGGCAAGGACUGGUUGCCAUAAAGGAUGCCCAGGACAUAGAAACCAGGCUUAACGAGGUAGAGAAGCUGCUGAAAACCAUCAUCAGCAUGCCGUGUAAGUUUUCUAGGUCAGAAGUUGUGCUUACCUUCUUUGAAAGAUCUCCUCUGGAUCAGGUGUUAAAAAAUGAUAAUGUACAUAAAAUUCAACCCAGCUUCCAAAGUCCAGUCAAAAUAUCAGAAAUCAUGAGGUCCAAUGGAUUUUGUUUGGCAAAUACUGAAACAAUAGUUAUUGACCACAGUAUACCAAACGGAAAAGACCAGCACCUGGGCGUGGAUCCUACGGAGCACUUGUUUGAGAAUGGCAGUGAGUUCCCCUCAGAGCUGGAGGACGGCGAUGACCCAACAGCCUACGUCACCAACCUGUCCUACUACCACCUGGUCCCUUUCGAGACAGACAUUUUGGACUGAGCCUUAGCAUCAGGCCUCCUGCACCUCAUCCCUUUACUGUGGCUCUGACGCUGUCCACCAUGCUGGACCCAACAGCUAAAGCUGCUGGACCUCCCAUAGGUCCCAGGCCUCACUGGCUACCCAUGCCCAUAGCUGGGUGUCCUGCAAGUGGGGCAAGUGGCAGGGGCUUCUCGUAGCUUGGGCUGACGACAAGGUCUCCAGUGGCCAGGGCUCAGGUCACAGAGGCCGCAGGGCCGGUGCUUGGGAGGGUCUUCUCCCUCCCUUUGACCCCACCAGCCUGCUCCUCUGUCCCUGGGCCUUGGCUUCUUGCUCUCGGUGUCUGCAGGGCUAUGGUCUGCCAGGUGGGGAUGGUCCCUGCCGGCUCUGCUCUCACUGUUACUGCUUCCCGGGAGGAGCAUUUUUCUUGGCUGGGGGGCCCAGGGCCUCCCCAGUCCCUCACUCGUC